AUAUAAAUGGAGGAGUUUCUUCAAACCCAGUACAGAAAGAUUGACGAGAUCGACUUCGAAGGCCAGAAAAAAGUUGACUUUCUUUUCAGAACUAUCCUCAUUACUGCUACAGUAAUCGCUGCUAUUAUAGGAUAUGUAUUACAGGAUAUGACAAUUGCUACAUAUAUUGUACUCGGAGCUGCUGGGAUUGCUUUCCUUGUCACAGGAUUCGCAUGGAGUCCUUAUAAAUCACACCAGCUUAAGUUCCUUGACCCCAUCUCUGAUGAUAAAUAGUAAAAUAGCAAUACUUGUUUAAGAUUUGUCA